UUCGUUUUAAUUUUCUGAGUAUCUUUUUAUAUUUUAUAGUUGCGCUGACACAAAACUUCUCUUUGAACCCAAGUUUCCCCAUUUCUACGAGCAAAGUUGGUUUCUUUCAACUGCCUUCCGCUCUGAUUUCAUCAAAUCUUCAUAACCCCAUUUCGCCAUUGUGAAUCUGGGCAGUUCUUCUCUGUUUCUUGAAACCCUCCAUUUUCCCAACCUGUGUGGACUCUUUUCUUUCUUUGGGUUUUCUUGAUCUGGUGGGCUAUUUCACUUCUGGAUCUCUGCAAUGCCACUCACCAGUGUUCUUGUGUGAGUGGAAGAAGAUGAAGAUUCAUGUCUUUCUUCAAUUUCUUUUGGUCUCCAGUGGGAUCUUUCUUGUGGGUUCUGCUGAUUUUCCUUCAGAUGAAGUGAUUGCUCUUACUAAGUUCAAAGAAGCUAUAUAUGAAGACCCACGUCUGGUAUUGUCUAGUUGGAAUGACUUAGAUUCAGACCCUUGUAAUUGGAAUGGCAUUUCUUGUUCUAUGGCUGCUGGAGAUCAUGUCUUGAAAAUUAACAUUUCUGGGGCAUCUUUAAAGGGGUUUCUUGUACCAGACUUGUAUCUCAUUUCGUAUUUAGAAGAACUAAUCUUGAAUGGAAACCUGCUGAUGGGUACAAUACCUAAAGAAAUAGGGUUAUUAAAGAACCUCAGAAUCUUGGAUUUGGGCAAUAACCGGCUUACAGGAUCAAUCCCCAGGGAGAUUGGAUAUCUACCAAAAAUAGUAAAAAUAAACCUUCGAUCCAAUGGUUUGUCUGGAAGAUUUCCCUCUGAGCUUAUUCGCAAUUUGAAGUUCCUCGAAGAACUUCGGGUUGAUAGGAAUAAGCUCCUAGGGAUGGUCCUUGGGAGUAAUAUUGCAUACUCUACAUCUAGUGUACAUGGGAUGUAUGCGUCUGGUGGGAAUCCAGUCGGCGUUUGUCGGUCAUCUAAACUAAAAGUUGCAGAUUUUUCAUACAACUUCUUUGUUGGAAGGAUACCAAAAUGCUUGAGUUACCUUCCAAAGUCAAGCUUUCAAGGGAACUGCCUUCAAGUCCAUGAUAUUAAGCAGCGGCCUCUUGCUCAAUGUGGGCAUGAUGGACCACCAACACACAAAACCCAUCCUCAUGCAGUGACCAGACAUAAGUAUGGCUCAAGAAAACCGCGAUGGCUGUUUGGACUGGAAGUGAUGACAGGGAUAAUGGCAGGCACCCUCUUUCUAGCGGCUCUUCUCACUACAUUUCACAAGUUCAACAACAAAUCCUCCAUUGUCAUCCCUUGGAAGAAGUCAGGUAGCAUCAAGGACGAUCACACGACGAUUUACGUAGACACUGAGAUGCUGAAGGAUGUAGUGAGGUACAGCAGGGAAGAGGUGGAGGUGGCGUGCGAAGACUUCAGCAAUAUUAUCGUAUCCUCAACCAACAGCUUGGUGUACAAGGGUACGAUGAGAGGUGGGCCCGAGAUCGCGGUGAUAUCCGUUUGUGUUAAAGAAGAGAACUGGACUGCCUAUCUUGAACUUUAUUUUCAGAAAGAGGCGGCAGAACUUGCGAGGAUUGAUCAUGAAAAUGCAGCAAAACUGUUGGGGUAUUGUAGGGAAAGCAGCCCUUUUACAAGGAUGUUGGUGUUUGAGUAUGCCCCAAAUGGGACCUUAUAUGAACACCUUCACUAUGGAGAAGCCUGCCAACUGUCAUGGACAAGAAGGAUGAAAAUUGUGAUUGGUAUUGCAAAGGGGUUAAAAUAUCUCCAAACAGAGCUUAAGCCUCCAUUCACUAUAUCUGAACUGAAUUCAAAUUCUGUGUAUCUCACUGAAGAUUUCACUCCCAAGCUGGUUGAUUUCGAAAGCUGGGAGACAAUCCUCUCAAGAUCAGAGAAGAAUUACAUAAGCAGUGAAGGUGCAAUUUGCAUCCUUCCGAAUUCACUGGAGGGACGCCACCUGGAUUUCCACGGAAACCUAUAUGCGUUCGGACUGCUUCUUCUUGAAAUCAUCAGCGGCCGACCUCCCUACUGCAAAGACAAAGGAUCCUUACUUGAUUGGGCUAGGGAAUUUCUUGACGUUCCUGAGGUGAGGUCGCGUUUGGUGGAUCCGGAGCUGAAGCAUUUCCGAUACGAAGAGCUGGAAGUGGUCUGUGAGGUGAUCAAAAAAACAUGCGUUUGUACAGAUGAGACUUGCAGAAGCUCGAUGGUGGAUUUGUGUGGCCUGCUGGAAAGCAAGAUUGACACAUCCGUAUCUGCCGAGCUGAACGGAUGCUCUCCCUCGUUAGCGUGGGCCCAGCUGGCGCUUUCUUCCCCCUGACAGUCUGAACAACAACAACAGUGUAAACUGUAAACAAGUGUGACACAUUGGCUACUGUGAAAAGAGCUAACAGAUUCUUUUUACACUUACUACUGAACAUUAGUUAGCUAGUAUAUGCUGCAGAAGGUGAAAAUAGUUGGAGAUUGUGAUAUUGUAUAUUUUUGUUUACAGCUGUGGUAUAGUACAUAUUUGAGAAAAAAGAUUAGGGGCUCUGUUUGGUGGCUAGUUUUGGCUAGUUCUAGUUACACUUGAAAGCAAAAAUAAAUAGCUUUUGACUUG